AAUAAACAAAAUAAAACACAUAAAUUAAGAAUAAAUUAAAUGCAAUAUAUAUGGGUACCGUGUAAUAUAAUUACAAUUUUAAAACAUAUAGUAACUGUUGUUUUCAGUUUCAAUAUACACCUCCCAAUCAAGUCCCCGCCCAUAGAAAAAUCACCCAUAGACAUGACAUAUUAGACCGGAACUAUCACUGUGUGGGAUACAGUUACCAUUAUACAGUCUCGCAACAAUGUCGGUCUAUGCUUUAACGUGUUUGCUCUUUAUAAUUGGUGAAUGUUUAGCAUAUUAUAACAGUCAAUGGGUGCCAAGUUUUUACUUGGGUACUUAUCCUGAAAGGUUUCAUACGUUAAGAAUGUCAAGGGGAUCAUGUAUUGUUUCUUUGAACACUCUUAAAAGCAAACAUUAUAAUGUAGAAAUACCUUUAAUCAACGGAACGACACCAGCAGGUUUUUGUGCGAUACUGUUAAAUAGCAUGGAGAACUCGAGUCUAGCCAUAUCAAUAGAACAAGGAUUGACAGAUAUAAACAACAGUUUAAUGAAUCAAAGCAUCAGACUAUUUAGAGUUAAGAAUGGGAAUUUGAAGCUUAUCCAAGAUGUAUGUGGAUCGGCUGAUGUCCCUGGUUUAACAUUGGCCGAAUCGAACACUGCUAUACUACUAAUAAAAGCAGACCAAAGUAUUAAUUUUUCAUUAAGCGUGUACACUUAUCAGUCUUCAAAUAUUAACAUGUAAAUAGACUAUUUAUGAUAAAAAUAUCUUUUCAAUCAAAAUUUUAUUUUGUAUUUCAUAAUUUUAAUGCUUUAUGAAUA